CAUCCGACCGCCCACGUCCUCUCCUGCAUUUUCCGCGUCGCGCCGGGAAAAGGCUUUCAGGGUGACAGUAUUCGCCUCGUAUGACCAUAAGCCAGUGAGCCGGACUGUCUCUGGACGCUGCGCGAAGAAGAGGGAUGGAAAACGGUUCGGCCUUAGCCGGCGACACCGAGCUGGACCAGGCUGUCAAGCAGUGGCUGCAGCAUGACAGGAACCUGAAAACAAUGUCAAUGGUGCAGGACCUGGUGAAGGAGGGAGCAGUGGAGGCUCUAAAGAAAUAUUUUUCCUCCAGGAUGGAGUUUGGCACAGCAGGUCUGAGAGCAGCCAUGGGCCCCGGUAUAUCCUGUAUGAAUGACCUCACUAUCAUCCAGACCACACAGGGUUUCUGUCACUACUUGGAGGAGAGUUUUGGGAACCUAAAGGAGCGCGGGGUGGUGAUAGGUUACGACGCGCGGGCCCACCCUCCCAGCGGGGGCAGCAGCAAGCAUUUUGCCAGCCUGGCUGCAGCUGUUUUCAUCAGCCGAGGGGUUCCUGUCCACCUCUUCUCUGACAUCACCCCUACACCGUUUGUGCCUUUCACAGUUUCCCAGCUGGGUCUGUGUGCUGGUAUCAUGGUGACUGCCUCUCACAACCCCAAACAGGACAAUGGUUACAAGGUGUACUGGGAGAACGGCGCCCAGAUUGUGUCUCCUCAUGACCAAGGAAUCUCCAAGGCCAUAGAGGAGAACCUGGAGCCUUGGCCUGAGUCCUGGGACGCAGAGGAGGCCCUGAAGAGCCCCUUGCUUAAAGACCCCUACCAGGACAUCCAUACACAUUACUUCAAAGCCAUCCAGAGACACUGUCACCACAGGGACAUAAACAAGAGUUCGGAGGUGAAAAUUGUGCAUACAUCUGUGCACGGUGUUGGCCAUGCGUUCGUCCAGUCAGCUUUCAAGGCUUUUGACCUUCACCCUCCAUACGCUGUAGAAGAACAGAAAGAUCCAGACCCCGAAUUCCCCACCGUCAAAUAUCCCAAUCCUGAGGAGGGAGAGGGAGUCCUGACAUUGUCAUUUGCACUGGCAGAGAGGGAGGGGGCCACUGUGGUUUUGGCGAACGAUCCUGAUGCUGAUCGACUGGCCAUUGCUGAGAAGCAGGGGAGUGGACAGUGGCGAGUGUUCAGUGGUAAUGAGUUGGGAGCGUUGCUUGGUUGGUGGAUGUUCCGCUGCUGGAAACAGCAAAACUCUGACGCCGCUGCGGUGAAAAACCUCUACAUGCUGUCGAGCACCGUCUCAUCCAAGAUACUGCGUGCCAUCGCUCUGAAGGAGGGCUUCCACUUUGAGGAAACGUUAACAGGGUUCAAGUGGAUGGGGAACAGAGCGAGAGAACUUUUGGACCAGGGCAAGACUGUUCUCUUUGCCUUUGAGGAGGCCAUAGGGUAUAUGUGUAGUCCCUCGGUGUUGGACAAGGACGGGGUGAGUGCUGCAGCCAUAGCAGGAGAGAUGAUUUCCUUUCUGGCCACUAAAAACACCAGCCUUUCUCAACAGCUCACUACUGUCUAUGAAGAGUAUGGCUACCACAUCAGUAAGAACUCCUACUUCAUCUGCCAUGACCAGAGUGUGAUCCGCAGCUUGUUUGAGCGCCUGCGCAACCACGGUGGCCAGAAGGACUCAUAUCCCACCAAAUGCGGUCCCUUCUCCAUCUCUGCUGUGCGAGACCUGACCACUGGCUACGACAGCAACCAACCUGAUAAGAAGGCUGUUCUUCCCACCUCCAGUUCCAGUCAGAUGAUCACCUUUACCUUCUCCAACGGGGGUGUGGCCACCAUGAGGACCAGUGGCACUGAGCCAAAAAUCAAAUAUUACACUGAACUUUGUGCUGCUCCUGGUAACAGUGAUGUGGCGCACCUGAAGAAGGAACUGGACGACUUGGUCGAUGCCAUCGUUGAAAACUUCUUCGAGCCACAGAAGAAUAAGUUGCAGCCCAAGCCAGAGUAGCACUGAUUAGACGAACAGUCACAAACAAGACUUGUUGUCACCAAUAUCUCUGACCAGCAUUUCACAAAAUGUCUUAAUUACUCCAGAAGGGAUUCAUGAUUUAAUAUGGCUUCAUUUUGCUUUAUAACUACGUCAAUGACCACAGUGUUUUUUGCUAGUUUGACCAGUACCAUAACAUACUGUUGCCUGCUGAUGAAUCUGUCGUUAUUUUCAUGAUCUGCAAGGGUUACUGAUAGCCUCUAACCUCCCCUUUGAGUUUAUAUAGCCAGCCAUCUGUGUUUGGGGGUGCAGUUAUAGGUCCAGUGCCAGUUUAACAUCCAGCAGUCAUCAUGCAUCACAGCUACAUGAUCUGGAUUCAGUUUAUCACCGUGCUGGAGCUCUUAAAUAACAGCUGGAAAAUGUUCAGCCGUUCCUGCUUCCUGCUUUUGUGUGAAAUACACAGAUUGCUGUAUUGUA